AUGUGUUUCUACGCUGUCUGUACUUCUCCAUUUGUGUUGUCUCCACUGGUCUUGGUACUUCACACUGGCCCCAGGAAAGGGAAUUGUAUCUCACCAUUUGUCUGUCUCAUCACUGCGCUGUGUAUUUUGCUUUCCUUCUUGUGGCUACUUUGGGACGAAGGUUUUCUCGUCUUUCCUAUCACCCUCUCCACUCCCAUGACCGCCCUGGGUCAGUUUUCUUUCCGACGGGUCUCCCCACUUGGCUCUCCAUUUGUCUCCCUUCUUGUGGCGGCUUUGCAACGGAGGAAUUCCUACGUCUUUCAUGUUUCGAACGAUAUCAUUCGUUGUCCCUUAUGGCCGCAAUGCUACUGA